UGGCUGCUUGUAUCUUCUUCCUCCUGAUGCUGAUGGUGUGCCACUCCUAUGCACAGACCUGGCCAUCUGGUACCUACGGUCUUCCUAAACCUUUGACUGGGUGUCCAUCUGGCUGGGUUGAUGGACGUAGAAAGCAUGAUACAGAAGACACACAUCCAACUAACAACUGGAGUGACCCUCUUAAUCUGGCUGGUUAUCAAUAUCGCAGCAGCAUGGAACAUGAAUUCUGCAUCAAGACCUCUACUUCUGGUAGCUCUGGUUGGCCAGCAGGAGAGUACUGCAUCUAUAAAUAUGGAUCUUGUCCAUCAGGAUUCCAGGAAAAAUUCAUUUAUUGGGAUGAUGAAGACAGCAGUAAUUUGAAUAGUAGGAGUGGGACUCUACCUGAUGGCGUCUACGACAAUAACACAAAGUACAGGUUCUGCUGCCGAAAUGACGGUGAUACCUCGCAGGCCAUCUCUCUUCCAACGGGAAACAAUUUCGAUCUUUUCGCCAUAAACAGUGUAGCUACGUGUCAGCAAGUUAAUGGUAUGGCUGUUACUCUGGAGUAUUUUUAUUGGGAUAAUGAGGAUUCCAGUAAUGCAGACGAUGAAAGUUCUGGUACCAACACUCCCUAUCCAGGUGUUGUACUUGGGGGAAUAAAGCUGAAUUUCUGCUACUACCAACCUGCAAGUACCCAGACCUGGCCAUCUGGUACCUACGGUCUUCCUAAACCUCUGACUGGGUGCCCAGCUGGCUGGGUUGAAGGACGUAGAAGGCAUGAUACUGAGGACACACAUCCACUCAACUUGUGGAGUGACCCUCUUCACUUGGCUGGUUAUCAACAAAGCAGCACCAUGGAGCAUCAAUUCUGCAUGAAGACCUCUACUUCCGGGAGUAUUAACUGGCCCGCAGGAGACUACUGCAUCUACAAAAAAUGGGCGUGUCCAUCAGGUUUCCAGGAAGGUUACAUUUACUGGGACGAUGAAGAUAGCAGCAAUAUCAAUACUCAGAGUGGCACUUUGCCCGAUGGGGAAUACGACAAUAACACAAAGUACAAGUUCUGUUGCCGAGAUGACGGUGUUGUCUCACAGGCCAUCACCCUCCCUACCACAGAUAACUUUUAUCUCUUUGCAGUGGGAGAUACUUGUCAGCAGGUGGCUGGUAAGACAGUGGUCUCAGAAUGGUUCUACUGGGAUAACGAGGAUUCCGCUAAUACUGAUAGCCAGUCUGGUGAACACCCAUAUCUUGGUGUGACUGCUAGCGGUGAAAACAUCAAGCUAACCUUCUGUUACUACAACUAGCAAGAAGCCACCGAUAUUAGCACAGAACCUGAGUCUGUUUUUACCAAGAUGACGACAAAAUGACGAUGAUGAAAGUUUUUGAUUAACUUUUGAUAAUUGGUGUAUGGCCUUUGUUAUUGAUAACGUUUUUGCUCUCUUAUUUGAAAAUCGUUCUUAAUCAAGGAAUAUAAUCAUUUUGACAUUGCCAUACUAUAUGUGACUAUAUAUGUCUGGUCACACUUCUGAUAUAUAGUCAGAAAUAACUCUGUUCUAGUAAAACACGACUAGAAAAUAGUUAAAUACGACUAGAAUAACAGUUGCACCCAGUUGAUCAUAUUAACUAGUCCUUUUUUUCUGAUUUGGUUUUCGAGUGUCCGACUCUAAAAGUACAUCUUUAUAUCCUAACUUAAAUACUCAAAUAGGAUGGCGAUGCUUCUAUCGAAAAUUGUACACAUUCAUCUUGAUUUAUAUAACUUCAUAAUUUAUUACCCCGGGGUAUUAAUGUUGUGAAAUGUUCAUAGUUAAAAGAUUUUCAAAUGUGACGAUGUUUCUGGUUUCACAUGUCAUAUAGAAAUUCGUAGUUAUGAUAUACCAUUAAGCCGUCGAAUGUAUAAUCUGCCAUUUCGGGAAUCUGUCUGAUCAAGGCUUACAUUGUGUAAAACACUUCUUAUAGGAAACAUGAUCUGUUCUGUGACAUAAUACAUAGUCAUUAUCAAGGAUGAGUGGUAUUAAUCCCCUCCCCAUUUUCCUUAUAGUUGGAUUGUCUUACCUUCUGAAUUGCAAACAUUCAUUUUAAAAGCAAAUAAAUUAAGCUCCAACAAAGUAACUGAACUCCUUGAACUACAAUUUAUGCAAAUGGGGUGGUUGAAAUAUGAAUUGAUAUGUAGGCCAUUGAAAAUUACAUUCACGUUGAGCAGUUGAAUAAUUUUAUUUAUCACUUAAGAAUUAUAGCCCGAGUACCGUAUAAUAGCCUAAUUUAUUAAUGUUCAAUAAGAUCAUUUUCCUGGUGGGCUAAUAUUUUAGCUUGUGAUUUUAAAUAUUUAAUAAUGAGAUAGUAAUGCCCAUUUUUUUACAACUAUAAUUAUGAAAAUGGAGGAUCAUG